GCGUGUCAGGUGUUCUGGUUCACAAUGGCUGAUGAGGAAGAUUUGCAGAAAUUUCUUAAAAAUGUGGAUGAAAUCACCAGUUUAAUCCAGGAGAUGAAUUCUGAUGACCCACGCAUACAGCAGAAAGCUAUCCUGGAGACAGAACAGAGGCUACUGUAUACAGAGGAAGUCCCGGAGGAGGAUGGGUGCCGGACCACCCUGAACAAGACAAUGAUCAACCGUUCACAAGCUCCCAUGGAGAAUGCAGAUGAGAUAAACUCAGAAGCCUUCUUGGCAUCUAUGGAGUUGGAUGCAAAAGAACGUGCCAGGAGAAGAAGGGAAAACAGAGUCUUAGCAGAUGCCCUCAAAGAAAAGGGGAACAAAGCCUUUGCCAGAGGCGACUACGAUGCAGCUGUCCUGUGCUACAGUGAGGGUCUGAACAAGGUGAAGGACAUGAAAGUGCUGUACACCAACCGAGCCCAGGCUUAUCUAAAAGUCGGGGACUACCAGAAGGCAAUAGUGGAUUGUGAGUGGGCUCUGAAGUGUGAUGAAAAAUGCACAAAAGCAUAUUUCCACAUGGGAAAAGCCCACCUGGCCCUGAAGAACUACAACGUGUCCAGAGAGUGUUAUCAGAAGAUCUUAGAAAUAAGCCCCAAGCUGCAAACCCAGGUGAAAGAUUCUCUGAAUCAAGUCAAUCUCCAGGAGAAAGCAGACCUUCAAGAGAAGGAAGCCCAACGAUUGCUGGAUUCAGGAAAGCAUGCAGCUGUGACAGUCAAGAAUCUCCUGGAAACUCUUUGCAAGCCUGACCAGAACCCUUUGUUCUAUGCAGGGGGGAUUGAAAUCCUGACUGAGAUGAUGAAGGAUUGCACAGAACAGACUUUAUUCAGAACACACAACGGAUUCAGUAUCAUCAGUGAGAAUGAGGUCGUAAGAAGGUGCUUUUCCACGGCAGGAAAAGAUGUGGUGGGAGAGACGGUGUGCGUGUCUGUCCUCAGGCUCUGGCAGGCGGUGUGCAGCGGGAACGAGGAGAACCAGCGCCUGCUGCUCCUGUGUCCCAACCUGGGCAGGCUGCUGCCCUCCUUGCUGGCCACCAAGCUGCUGACCGUCCGCCAGCAGAGCUUUGCCCUGCUGCUGCAGCUCACCCAGACGGACUAUGGACGGAGCCUGGUCAUCAGCCACCUUGACCUGACCCGAUUGUUGGAAGCCCUGGUGUCAUUUCUUGAUUUCUCAGAUAAGGAGGCCAACUCAGCUAUGGCACUGCUCACAGACUUGGCUCUGGAUGAAAGAUUCCGAGUUUGGUUCCAGGCCAACCUUCCAGGUGUGCUCCCAACGCUCACAGGUGUUCUGGAGAGAGAUCCCAUGGUAACCAGCCCCUCCGCGCUCUGCCGGUGCAUUGCCCUCAUGGGGAACCUCAGUGCUGAGGCUGCCGUCCGGAGACAGAUGUUUGCUUCUGAAGAGUUCAGGGAGGCCUGCUUGGGCCUCAUGGCCAGAUGUGAAGAAGACAUGGACUUUUUCAGAGAAGUCAUGUACACACUCCUAGGACUUGUGAUGAACUUGUGUCUUCAGUCCCCCUUCGUCUAUGAGCAGGUUUGGGCUGUGGAGGUGAGCAGGAAGUGCAUGUUUCUACUGAACAGCCAAGAUGGAGGGAUCCUGACGAGAGCUGCUGGCGUCCUCAGCCGCACCCUUUCUUCCUCCCGGAAGAUGGUUGAGGAGGCCCUGAGAGCUGGAGUGGUGAAGAAGAUGAUUAAGUUCCUGAAGACUGGGGGCCAGACUGCGUCACGAUAUGCCAUAAAAACACUAGCUGUCUGCACGAAUAGCCAUUAUGAAGCACGAGAAGAAGUGAUAAAACUGGAUAAAAAGUUUGGCAUUCUGAUGAAGCUCCUCAGCUCUGAGGAUGAGAUGGUGGUGGGCAAUGCCGCCCUCUGCCUGGGGAACUGCAUGGAGGUGCCCUACGCUGCAUCCUCCCUGUUGAAAACGGAUGUUGUGCAGGUGUUGUUAAGGCACGCCGGUGGCGAUGCGCAGGAGACAGCCGUGCAGCUAAAUGCGGGGAUCGCUCUGGGGAAGCUGUGCACGGCCCAACCCAGAUUUGCUGCUCAGCUGCGGGAGCUGCAUGGCAUAGAGAUUCUCAACUCCACGAUGAAGUACGUCGCCGAUCCUUAAGACACGUGGCGUCUGUGCACGGUUUCACAAACCCAGGACUGUGUGCUGUGGGUGGUCCCUGUGGUAAUAAAGACUUUUUGAAUGUCCACUCCAGGGAUGAAUUUUGUUUUCAGAUGCUUGCCUUCUGGUCUCCACUGGUAAUGGGGGCGUGGGCAUCAGGCUGACCACGGUGUUGGAAACUGCUCAGCGUCCACCACUCUCUCUUAUGUGCUCUGUUUAGCAUCAAGCCAACUCCCUCUGCAGCUCAGUUGCCUCUUGUCCCUUCCUGUCCUGCAGGGGCUGGACACCAGCAAAUGGAAAGUCAGAUUUCCCAGAUUCCCUCAUAAGCUAUGGUUCUAGACAAGAACUAGAUUCUGCUAACUGAAUUUCCAUCUUGCCCCUGUGGCUGUUUUCCUUCAGGGAACGUGCUAGAAACAUCAGGUUUUUCAACAACAGGAUCUCAGUGUCUGAGUUCUGGCCCCGGGAUAGUGGCAGCAGAGGUGGUGGCCAGUCUCUCAGGCUGUGCCCUGUGCUCUUGAAUUCAGUGGGUUGAGUGGUAAGUGGUGGCUCCCCUGGCAGUGUGUUCUUGACAGUCCAGGCAAUUGUCGCUGGAAGUGCCGUCUGGUGCCCUCGUCCGGCCUAUCAAGGGAUUUGUAAGCACUCUACUUCACGUGUUAGAUGGUUUUCGGCUUAGUACCAAGCAGG